UUACCUAACAAAGGUAACGAGUAUUAUGACGUCAGUAAGACGUAAAGUUCCCCUUCGGUCCCGCCAUUGUGGUAUGGGGUCGUAACGGAAUUUCCCCAGCUCUGUGCAAGUUGCACUCGCACUCAUAUCACUAUGACGUCUGUAGACUUGUUCAAACCUCCAGAUUCGUGACUACAGCCGCAGAGAAGGUCGCAGUUCAAGUUGCUCCGUGAUUCAGAUAUUUUGCACGAUCCCUGUACCAGUGUAUAAAGUUUAAUCACAAACAAUGGCGAGGGCUGAAACCACGCGAGAUUUGGUGGUGUUUGACGAGAUCCAGAAGAGCUACCGGCCGGAUGAGAGUAUCUUCCUUGUCUACACGCUGGACCACGCCUACACGCCUAGCAAACGGGACUGGGUUGGACUCUUCAAGACGGGAUGGAAAGCCUUCCACGAGUACAUAGCCUUCGAGUGGGCUCCCAAACAGCCCAAGCGAGAGAAGUUCCCGUUAGUUCGUAGUGUGUACUUCUUGGCGAAGGACAUGGCCCUGCCCUCUAGCGGCACUCAGGAGUAUAGCUUCCUGUACGUCUCUCGCAAGAAGGGUGUGGUGGGAAGUUCGACUACCUUCAGAAUCAGUGAGUACCCUGACCAACUGAGCAUGCGCUGCCGUGACGCCGGUCAUGACGACUUCACCAUCAUCGAGACCAGCGUCAGCGGACAGGACGCCGACAACUUCGUCGUUGUCGACGCCGACGGCACCGAUUCAGGGCGCGCCAGCCCGGUACCAUGGCAACGGUCAGACGCAGGUGACCUCGAUCUCGACCUUGGCGAUGCCCUUGCCGAGUUAUUCCUCACAGGGUCGGUAGAAAACGCGGAAUCGCUGGGAACUGGGUACCGAAAUGGACGUCGGCGAUCUUCAUCCUCGCUGCUGUUGUUGGAGAACCCCGACAUAGUUCGGUCCUUUUCCUCGACGCUGAUUGGCGGUUUGGAUCUUCUCGUCGCGGGGGCAGAAACAACCGAGUGCAACGCGACUGUUGCCGAGUCUUUCGCGACUUCUGCCGAAGAGAAAUUGUCGGUUGUGCCGUACAAGAGUUUCUUCCAAGACUACAGUGGCAAAGUCAAGACUUUGGAAGAAGAGGUCGAAGAGCUCAGCGACUGUCGGCGGUUUGGUGUACCGCCCGGGCUAGACAAAACACUCUGCCGGCAAAAGAUUAGCAAGAACAAGGGGAAGAAGAAGUCAGACGGGAAAAAGAAUGCCAUGGGCAUCGGUCCUCUAAGCCUGCGUGACACCAUCUUACAACAGAAGGCUUUGCUCCAGGUCAACAUCGACGCUUUCCUUGCCUCUCCAUGGACCGGGCAGGAGUCUUCCCGCGCGUGCGCACCAGCCAUUCUCUACGCACCCCCGAGCAUGUUUCUUGGCAAGGCGAGCGAUGGAACCUUACGUAUGGAAGGGAUAGAAACGGUGUGGAAGACUGUUGCUGAAAAACAGUUUAAGUCUUUGCAGGUUUGUUAG